CUACACGUGUAUGUCUGUGGCUAAGCUGCAUGUGAGGUGGUACUGCAUGUGGUGUUUAAAAUUAAGAAAUAAAUAGCCUAUUCGAAGACCAGCGCUCACUCCGCAGCAGUGCCGAGGUUUAAAUUUCUGGAAAUCAUGACCAGUAGCAUCAUAACGUGUCUGGCAUGGGUGCCUCAAGGUGCAGCCAAAGAGAACCCAGAAAAGGUUCAGAUGAACUCGGAUGACAUCCAGGCUUUAGUGGAGAAAUCCAAACCGACACAUAAGCGUGCAGCUGAGCUAAGUGAUGAGGGAGCCUCAGGCAGCAAUGAGGUCACUCAGUCAGGUGUCACCAUGGAAACAGAAGAUGAUUUAGCUGAAUAUGAUUUGGAUAAUUAUGACAGUCCUGACAGCGACACUGGUGGACAGGAUUCCUUCAGUGGUCUGGCCAUGUUUGCCAGCAAUCGAGAUGACCCUUAUAUGACCCUUCAGGAAGAUGAGGAAGACCGAGAUGACUUGGAAGACCUUGUCAUCCAGCCCAGGGACAAUCUGAUUGUUGCCGGCAGGGCACAGGAAGAUGCAAGCUGUCUGGAGGUGUAUGUUUACAAUGAAGAUGAAGGCACCCUCUAUGUUCACCACGACAUUCUCCUUCCAUCAUUCCCUCUGGCUGCCGAGUGGAUGAACUUUAACCCCAAAGACUCCACACCAGGCAACUAUGUGGCCAUGGGUUAUAUGACCCCAGUCAUUGACGUGUGGAACCUGGAUGUGGUUGAUUGCCUGGAGCCAGCUUUUACCCUGGGAAAGAGGAAAAAAAAGUCCAAAAAGAAAGCUCCCAAACCCACCGAAGGCCAUACAGAUGCCGUGUUGGACAUUGCAUGGAACAGGCACGUCCGUCAUGGUCUGGCGAGCGCUUCAGCAGACAACACUAUUGCAUUGUGGGAUAUGGCGCAGCAGAAAGUCUUGUCCCUACUCACUCACCAUUCUGACAAAGUACAGACGGUCGCAUGGCAUCCAUUUGAGGCACAGUCCCUGGCUAGCGGCAGCUUUGAUAUGUCUGUAAAGGUGUUCGAUUGUCGAAGUGCACACGACAGCUUCAAAACGUGGUCACUGGAUGGUGAGAUUGAGCGAGUCAUAUGGGACCUCUUCCAACCUUUCCAUUUCCUGGCCAGCACGGACAAAGGCAACGUUUAUUGCAUGGACGUGCGGACAGACAAACCUGUCUUCACAUUGAAAGCUCACGAUGAUGCAGUGACAGCACUGAGUCUGAGCACCGAAGUGCCGUCCUGUCUGGUCACUGCCUCAGCCGAUCAUCUGUACAAAGUGUGGGACAUUAAGGACAACAAGCCUUCCCUGAUUGUGUCCAAGGACCCCAAGAUGGGUACCGUCAACUGUGUGCACUGCAGUCCCAACUCCCCCUUCAUCUUUGCUGUCGGCGGAGAGAGGGACGGGAUGAGACUCGUUGAUGUGACGUCACAUGCACCAGUUCACAGGCAGUUCAGCAAACGGCGACGCCGUGCGGCGCAAGAGACGCCGGCUUUGGUAACCAACCAGUCAACCAGCAUGCAUCAGCCUGGCUCUUCACACACUUCAGAAAUGUCCGUGGAAACUGACACAGCAGGUUUCCAGAAACCGGGCGCCAGAGAAGUGAAGUCAACAAAGAAAUCCAAGAAACAACCGCCAACAACAUGAACCAGUUCACUUGUUCAAGUUGAAUGCUGAUUUUUUUUAAGAAAUGUAUACACGUACUUGUCUAAACAACAUCUGUAAUUAUGAUCAGCGAUUGAUAUUAAGCUUCUGCCCUCAGUGUGAAUCGCCUAUGGUAAAAACCAACUUGAAAAUGCAGCAAGCAAGUAUGUUCUAUCUUCAUUUCAGCGGACUUGCUUUGGUAAAUUUUCCGACCAAACGUCCAGUUUCCAAUUACGUGCAAAUGUAACAUUUAAGAUCUUGUAUGAGGAAAUUUCAGAUGGGUCAACUGAACAAAUCAUUUUGUGCAAUCUCAUCAUGAAUGUCUGAGUGGCUGAUCUUUACUGUGAAACGGUUCUCGUGGCUCAUGCUACAGUCCAAGAAUCUAAGGCGUUUGGGUCUGGGAAAUUGCCAUUUGCUCCGAAAUGGCAACAUGAAGUAGUGUUCACUAGAUGUAGGAACUGCCACUCACACCUACAAGCAGGAGAUGCUACAGCCCCUCCAUUAGUUCCAAUAUUGACAGGCAUAUUGCUUUUCCCCCUAGUAAUAAAUUUACACUAUUAUUUUACCCACUUAAAGCAAGAUAUGGGACGAAGAGACCCCCCCUUUUGCAUUGGUCAUUGUUUUACUAGCCUAGAGUGUCUACAUAUAUAGGGUUUGGACAUGUGGGGCGGGGUACCCCUCUGUCCCAUAUCUUACCGGGUAUAAUUUUACCAUAACACUGUGGAAAAGCAAAUAAAUAUACCUCCAAUAAAAGAA